AUGCGGUUGUUAGAUGACCGGGGUUGCUACACCAACAUUAUUAUCUUUUGUUCAAUGCCUUAGGUUCCCAAUAAAACAAAACACCAAGCUCCGCCAUAGAUUUUAUUGCUGUUUUAGUCUUUAGAUUCUCUGUUGAAUCCAAUGUCGUCUGUAGAAAUCUUCAGAGAAAAAGUUGCAGGUGUGGAAUUGAGGGAAGAAGAUGACCCAUAUCGUGGGAAUAUGCAUGGAGACUCUGAGAAGAAUACUGUGUGGAGGCAUGGAGCUCCUCCUUCUUACACUCUAGUCAACACCCUCUUUGAAAGAACCAGAACCAAGGUAUGGCCAAAAGGUUCCCUGGAAGAAACUGUGCAGAAUCUGGUGAAAACAUGGGAGAUGGAGCUUUCACAUAAGACUCAACUUCAGGACUUCAAAACAAUUGAUCCCCACAAUUUCUCACUCAAUGUAAACGGUAGGCCUGGUCUAUCAGGAAAGGAAACACUAGAAUUGGGCAGCUACAAUGCCUUAAUGCAGACUUCUUUACCAGAGGAGUUUCAAUACUACAAGACAUCCAAGGAAACAUUUGAGUCCUCUCAUGAAAUAUUUCGAACUGCAAUGCCAGGAGGAUUUGCAUGGGAAGUUGUGGAAGUAUACACAGGGCCUCCUGUUGUGAACUUCAAAUUCAGGCAUUGGGGUGUCAUGGAAGGCCCCUUCAAAGGCCACGCUCCCACUGGACAAACAGUCCAAUUCACCGGAAUAGCCGUUGCUAAGGUGGAUGAGAAGCUGAGAAUGAAAGAGGUGGAAGUAUACUAUGAUCCUGCAGAACUGUGUGGAGGACUGCUUAGAGGGCCAUUUGAUCAAAAUUAUGGGGAGUGUAAGACAGGAAUAGAGGGCUGCCCCUUCCUUGCUUAAUUUGUUACUAUUUUUAGGGUAGAAUACGUGGCUUUAUCAGAUAUCACCUUUGACAUGAAAUGGCUGCCUGGAAUCUAUAUUUUCAGGUGCUUUUUUACUAUUAAAGCUGAUCUUUGGCAGGCUGGGAAUGGCAGGAUAAGAUGUGCCAGUGCGCUUUAGGCCCACUGGUUUACCCAAUUAGGGACCUUUGUUUUCAUAAGUGGUUUAGAAAGUGAGAUAGACAUAUAGGAAGUUAGUUUUUUCAAUCUCAAAUUAUUGGUUAGUCCAUAGAUAUCAUAUAUUAAUUUAGGGGCAGAUCAAAUAACAGUUUCAGAUCAAAGACUUUAACGGUUAGUUAAUUUGGUAGAGUUGUAAAGUAUUUAUAUUAAUCUUUUUCUUUAUGUAUGUGAGAUCUUCUUGGUCAUAGCUAUACGUAGAAGAAUAUCAAAACAUGUAAUGUUCAUCUUGCUAAUGUUGAUAUAUAUAUUUGGUUAAGUGAUGAUUU